GUCCUGGUUGCAAGGCCCCGCCAACGGCGGUUGCAGGAGCCACCGGGAGCCAUAUCCCCGGGUGUCGUCGUGACCAACCAGGUCAUGGGGGACCCCUCCGCAGGAAUUAGUCGAGUUACUCUCGGCCAUGUUUGGCACCAUUCCGUCAACUGGCGGCUGGUCCUUAGUCAUUUACCGCCAGGAUCUGCUGGAGGUCCUGGAAGCAAGGAGCAGGCAGAUCCCUUUGGUCGUCGGUACUUAGUUGUCGAGAAGAGCCCCUGCUUCAAAUCCAUGGCUGUCCAGUUUGCCAUCAACGAUGCUGGCCUUUGCGAGCUCGGCACCGACCAGAAACACUCAGUGCCGUGA